AUGGGCAAGCAACCCAAUCUCUACAGUUACCCCACCGUCGACAACCUCGCAGCUCAGCUACGCACCUACAUUCUCGCCUGCCAGAAGGCCGCCUUGCUACGUCACGAUGCCUUCAAAAUCGCUGUGUCGGGAGGCAGCCUGCCUGCGACACUAACAAAGGCACUGCUUGUGCCUGCCGAGAACGAGGACCCAGCCACCGGCCCCCAAUUCUCCAAAUGGCACAUUUUCUUCGCCGACGAGCGCGCUGUACCUUCCGACCAUGAAGAUAGUAAUUACGGCCUGCUGAAGAAGGAUCUCUUGGACAAAAUCCCAGCAGAACUGGGCAAGCCCAAUGUCUACCCAAUCAACGAGAAAUACUUGGACGACACACAAGAGCUAGCGGAUCAGUAUCAAGAAGUCCUCAUGUCUAGUUUUGCCCAGAAGGACUCGGUCAGGCUUCCCGUCUUCGAUUUGAUCCUUCUCGGCUGUGGACCGGACGGGCAUACUUGCAGUUUGUUCCCUGGACACGAACUUUUGCGUGAAGCCGACGCUUGGGUUGCGCCCAUCGAGGACAGCCCCAAACCCCCGCCACGACGAAUCACGCUGACUCUGCCUGUGGUGACGCAUGCGCAUAAGAUCGCAUUCGUGGCCACCGGUGGAGGCAAGAAGGAUAUUCUGAAGAAGAUCCUCGAGGCGGACGAUGAAGGUCGGAGUUUACCUUGUGGGCUGGUCAAUGAGGCGGCGGGUGAGAAGGUCAGCUGGUUCACAGACCGCGCAGCUGUAGAGGGAGUUGCUUUCCCUAGGAGGGGAAGUCUGUGA